AUUUCAUUUUCAUUUGUUUAUAUCAUCAAUUUGAAUUUUCACUAAAUUUCAACAUGUCUCUUCCUGAAGCCGAUAUGAUGGCAGUUUCGAAAAGUUCGAGGUUGCAUCGAAAGCCUGGCGCUCCAUUGUCUGGUCUUACAUUUAUGGACGGCGAUAUGCAGAAAGUGGACAAAUUCUACAACGACUGUCAGGACUACAGAGAUUAUUAUCGCGACUCCUACAAUAAGAUGCAUUGUCCAGCCGCUUUUCACACACACAAGGGCAAAUGCGGCAUCAAACUGGACCGUAGCAUUGCCUUACUGAGCCUACCUGUCACCUGGAUGACCGAAGAGCAACCUGUCAUUUAUCCCGUUGAGUUUAAAAGGUACAUGGCUAGCGAAGCACAGUUCCGUAUGGCCGGACGUUUUCAGAAGACCACGGAUACCUCAUUUAAACGAUAAAUGGGAAACCCGUAUAAAUUAUAAAAAAAAAAAAAUAAAAAUUGAUAGUUUUCUAAAA